ACUUCGGCGGGAGCAGUCAUCUCUCGAAUUGAAUCCAUCUUGGAGUCUAUCCUGGACUGUCUGGCCGAAGGAAAGGAGCUCUGCAUCGAUUUUACCACAGAUCGGGAUGAUCAAACCUCCCAAAAGAUCCGAUUUCCAGGAAAGUGUGCGCAGGAGGCCACAAAGUUCGCUCGGAUACUUCUCAUCUUACAGCUCGCUCACGACGCUCUGGUUUCGGGGAUCGUAUUGACCAAGCGCCACAUCUUCUAUCAGCACCAAGAGUUAUUUUGCAGCCAGAGGACGGUGGACAAGCUUGUAGACAGCCUUGCCCUCGCACUUGGCAUCCACCGUGAUGAGUUGAAUAUUGUCGCAUCUUCAAAGGGAGUGUUCUCAGGAUCUCUCAGCAUUCGCCUUCAAGAUGAUAGAGUGAUUGGUCCCGCCACAGGUGAUGCGGUUUGUAAACUUGCUUACACCGCUUGUUGGGAUCACACUACCAACGACUGGAUCAAUUGCCACCUUGAACUGCGAAGCCACUCGAUGGAUCCUUGUUGCGGUAUUUCGUUCUUUGACAUCUUCAUCGUUUUGGCAAACGUCUCGUGGUAUCCAGACAUACUCACAUGCUCGUUUCUGCAGCUCAUCCGCGUCAAUUGUCCACAGAUUCCAAUAUUCGCACUAGUCGACUAUGACCCUGAUGGGCUCAAUAUUUUCCGCUGCUAUCGAUUCAGAUCCAACACUGCAAUUCAAGAAACAGAUGUCACGGCUCCAGGUAUCUGCUGGCUAGGAAUCAAGUCACAAGAUCUAUUAGAAUAUGAGCUUUAUCUCAAUACCUUGAUAAGACACUCUUCACCUUCACGCAGCCAACAAUCACCAACGAGUCAGCCAUCCCAAGAGAGCAAUAGCUCGAAAACAUCAAUCUCGUCCACCGAUUGUCGUGAUCCAGUUUCAUUACUUUCAACACGCGAUCGCAAAGUCGCCGUUGGGAUUCUAGAAAAGCUUUUAGACGUCAAGGAUGACGCCGAAGUUGUCAAAGUUCAGAGGGAGCUUCAAGUAAUGUUGAUGAUGGGUGUCAAAGCCGAGAUACAAUGGCUUGAUGAGGCGGGAAACCUCGCCGAUUGGCUCGACUUCAAGCUUGGGCAGCUCCUUGUAUGA